UUGAAUCAUUCAAAGAAAAGCCUUCAAUUCCCACAGUCGGUGCUAAUUGCUCUGAGACCCCUUUCGCCUCUUCUUCCUUUCUUAGCUGUUCCUCAGCUAUCGCCACCAUGAAAUUGGCCCCCAUCUACUGCUCUGUUCUUCUCCUAAAACCCUCUUCAUGAUCGUUUCUCUUUAUAUUUGCUUCCCAUUUUCUGCUCCAUCUCUUCGAUUUCCGAUCUUGCUCAAUUCAUUCAAAUUGAAGGUGGGGGAGAGAAGUGGAGAGAGCUCUUGGAUAGAGGGAAAUUCCCCAUUUCCCUCAUGACCCAUAGCUCCGAAUCGUCGUAAGAGGACAGAGAGAAGAGGAUUUUAGCUAGAUCUUUAUGCAAACAAGUGUUCUUCGGGCGAGGGUGUGCAAAAUUUGUAGAGAGGAGGGUGAAGAAACAUGGGGCUAGAGAAUAUCUCGACUCAGAAGAGAACUGGUAGAGAAGGGAAUAGUUUACCCACCACCGCUGCCAUCGCAAACGGCACGAGAAGCCGUGCCUUCCCUGGAAUUCCCCGUCGCCGUCAGAUCCAGAAGACUUUCAACAAUAUCAAGAUCACCAUACUCUGUGGAUUCGUCACCAUCCUUGUUCUUCGUGGCACCAUCGGCAUCGGCAACCUUGGUAGCUCCGAGGCGGAUGCUGUUAACCAAAAUAUCAUCGAAGAAACCAACCGGAUCCUCGCUGAGAUUCGAUCUGACAGCGACCCCAACGACCCGGAUGAUCUCGUCGAAAACGAAAUCAACCCUAAUGUCACGUACACGCUCGGACCGAAGAUAGCGAACUGGGAUCAGGAGCGAAAGGUUUGGCUCAAUCAGAACCCUGAAUUUCCCAAUUAUAUUAAUAAAAAAGCUAGGAUCUUGCUUGUUACUGGUUCGCCUCCAAAACCCUGCGAUAACGCAAUUGGGGAUCAUUAUUUGUUGAAGGCAAUCAAGAAUAAGAUUGACUAUUGUAGGCUUCAUGGGAUUGAAAUAGUAUAUAAUUUGGCUCAUUUAGAUAAGGAACUUGCUGGGUAUUGGGCUAAGUUGCCGCUGAUUCGGCGAUUGAUGUUGUCGCACCCUGAGGUUGAGUGGAUUUGGUGGAUGGAUAGCGAUGCGUUAUUUACUGAUAUGGUGUUUGAGAUUCCUCUGGAGAAAUAUGAUAAUUAUAAUUUGGUUGUUCAUGGGUACCCAGAUUUGAUGUUCAACCAGAAGUCAUGGAUUGCCCUCAACACAGGUAGCUUUUUGUUUCGGAAUUGUCAAUGGUCUUUGGAUUUGCUGGAUGCUUGGGCUCCAAUGGGACCAAAGGGUCCAGUUCGGGAAGAGGCCGGGAAGAUUUUGACUGCGUAUUUGAAGGGAAGGCCAGCAUUUGAGGCCGAUGAUCAGUCAGCUUUGAUAUAUUUAUUGCUUUCUCAGAAAGAGUGGAUGGAUAAGGUGUUUCUUGAGAAUUCAUACUAUUUGCAUGGUUAUUGGGCUGGAUUAGUCGAUAGGUACGAGGAAAUGAUUGAGAAAUAUCACCCUGGAUUAGGUGAUGAAAGGUGGCCAUUUGUUACGCAUUUUGUCGGUUGCAAACCUUGUGGUAGCUAUGGAGAUUAUCCAGUUGAAAGGUGUUUGAGUAGCAUGGAGAGAGCUUUUAAUUUUGCUGACAAUCAGGUGCUCAACCUGUAUGGAUUUCGCCAUAGGGGUCUUUUGAGCCCCAAAAUCAAGCGCUUCAGGAACGAGACAGCCACUCCCUUGGAGUUGGUUGACCAAAACGAUAUUCGGCGGCACGCUGUGCAUCGAAGCAAUGCACCUCCAAAUGAGUGAGCCAAUCACUUCCUUGUGCGAUUACCUGUAGGUGAUGAUGUAAUACUUCAAUUCAUAGCAGAUAAAGGCUGGUAACAGUUCAUACCCAAGUCUGUCUUUCUUCCUUUCUUGUCGUUCGGAUUUGAUCUUCUUUUGAGGAGUUGAAACGUUACUAUUCUUGCUAUGUAUUUAGACUUGAUCAUAUUGAUAUCAAUAUUAUGCAUUCAAAUCAAGACCAGAACUAUUCUAAUUCC